GUUAACAUUUGGUUAAUUUCCGAAGCAUGGGCUCCUGGCUACAAAGACGAUUACCCAUUUUAAAAAAAAUAACGAAGAAAUGACAUCGACUGAAAGGGGUCAGUGUUCUUUGCCUUGAAUGGCCUGGGUGUCUGAACAUCAGUAUAUUGAACUGUUGUCAUAGCAGACGGGAUGGCGGAAAGGAAAUGACAACGAUCAGUAGCGGGAUAUAGAACUACAACUCACUGCAGAUAAAUAGCCACACCAAUGAUAAUAGGAACGUAAACCUCCGUUCACUGUUAGACGCAGCUAUAUACGAUAAAACAGUAUAUUACCUGGGUACAUUGUGAUAAGUAUGAAGGGUUUAUAUGAAGAUACCACUGCUGCACUGUUGAGAUAAGUAAAAUCCAUUGCUCUUUACUCCCUAGGUCAUUGUGUUCAAAUCAAUUCAGUUUAGUUUCAAAUCAGCACCUGCUGCGACAUCGCUUCAGCUGUUUCAUAUGGGACUUAUACAUUACUGGGAAGAAUAAAUGAAAUAAGCAGAAGAAUGAAGCAUGCUUAAAACCAGUGAGGAGUUGAGGUUUCCAGUCGAGGCCGCGGAAGGACUUCUUCAUCUAAUUAGGUUAGUGCGAGGAAGUGCAUUUUGAUAUACCCGAUUCCGAUGCUUAAGUUUUAUUAGGAAAUCACUACGACAAUAACAUAAUGGAACAGCCAGAUGACGCAGUUGCAGAGGUCAAAGCGAAAAGGGAACACACAUUCCGUAGUAGAAUGCACGAACGAACUCUCACUAAUUUGACAACUAGUCGAAUAACACCAAUAAAACGGCCAGAAAUACCAGCCCACACAUACAACGGUGUGCCCCCACCCGACUCCCCCGAUGUUGCAAUUAGUGACCAAGAAAUGCUACAGUUUAUGUACUCCGAGGCAUCUUUUGAUCUCAUAAGAAAUGACACUGGUGACGCACUGGAUGGGAAGAAAGAGACUGAGAUCGAAACAAAAUUUGAGGAAGAUUAUGAGUACGAUACCGAUUUGGAGACGCCAGAUUCUAGGUGCGAGAGCACUUUCGAUCAGUGGGGGAAAGCCACGUAUCUUGCUGCAUGUAAGAGAUUGCGUGUGGUGCCAGUGCAGAGCGUUCUGAGUCACCUUGAAGCCACGGAAUUAGUGGUAAAACAUCGGACGCUUAGCGAAAAGGAAGCAAAAGCGAUCGCUGAAGCCCUUCUGGUGAAUACCACGGUGACCCACCUGGACCUUAGCGGGAACAACCUCAGUGCUGGCGGCCUCGCUCACCUGGCACCGAUGUUACGCGAAAAUCUGAAUAUCAGAUCAUUGAAUCUCUCGGGUAAUCUCUUUGGCACGGAAGGUCUUAAAUCGCUGUCAAUGGCACUUCUAGUCAAUCAAAAUAUAACCGUUCUGAGCCUAUCAGGGACGCAUCUGGCAGACGAACAUGCUACGUAUAUUGCAAAUUUACUUCAGGAUGUAAAAACUCUUGUGGAGUUGGAUCUGAGUCAUAAUAAUAUGGGUGAGAGCGCAGCAAAUAUAAUAGGAGCUUCAUUAGCCAAUAACGAUGCACUGCGGAUUUUGAAUCUGGGAUGGAACAACUUCAGGCCAAAGGGGAGUGCAGCAAUAUUUCAAGGGUUGACGGAUAACGUAAUGUUGAAGACGUUCAUAUAUUCAAUGAAUGGUGUGGCAGAGGCAGCCUCAGCUGUAGCAGCUACAAUAAAACACAAUGUGAGCCUAAAGGAACUCGACUUGACCAGUACGCGACUGUUUGAUAAUGGUGUGGUGAAGAUAUGUAAAUCCUUAGAGAGUAACGAACACCUUGAAAUUUUAAAGAUGGGCUACAACACGAUCACAACCCUUGGUGGACUAGCAGUGCUUAAAGCACUUUUGAAGAACGAACAUAGUGCCUUGAAAUGCGUCGAUUUAUCCCGUGUAUACGUUCACAAAGACUGCAUCAUGAUGGUGGAGAAGAUCAGGGAGACAAACCCAAGCUUCCAGUUCAAAAUUGAUGGAAUACUUAAGUCGGACCGUUACUAUGGCGAUGAGAAGAAAGGUCGUUCUCAGCCCAUCAUUUCGUCCAGCCCAAUCGAUAUUCUACGAUGGUUUAUGGAGUCAAAAAGCUUUCGCCUCAUAGAUUUAUUUAAACACCUAGAUAAAGACGGGAGCAUGUCAGUUACCAGGGAGGAAUUCAUCAUGGGGUUAAAGGCGGUAGACGUUCCCAUGACGACAGCUCAGCUGGACGAACUUGUCAAUAUGCUGGAUAAGGAUAAAGAUGGCGAAGUCGACUUCAAGGAACUUAUUGAUGGGCAGAAGGAAGGACGCAGGCAAGGGAGGAAAAACUAGACAACCCCCCCCCUCCGUGGUUCGAUUACAAUGCACUACGCAUAUAUGAUACCCGACCGUUGAGAAAAUGUCUGUACAACAUUGGCAAUGAUACGACUAUACAUCUGUUCAUACCUAGUCUAUACAAAUGCUGUGAUAAUGUUUUUAAACCAUUGUGCCAUAAUGAGUCUGAGAAAUAGCAAUAAUUAACGCGAGGUACAUGCAAUAUAAUUAAAAGAUAUUUAUUAGAAUAACCUGCCUUUAUUCAGUGCAUUGUUAUUAUAAACGCAUAAUCUUUGCUUUAUUGAAUUCAAUUUAAUAAUAUUUUGCUUACAUUUUCAAAAUUGUUCAUAUUCUUUUAUUGGAUAAUAUCAUUAAAUGAUUUAAAACUAAAGAAAACAGACACAACGAAACUGUACAUAGUGCUAAUA